AUGUUCGACGACUUUGUCGAGCACGCUGCUCCCACAGCGGGUCAUUCUCGUGGCACCGCACCUCUUCCACAAGUCCAGUACGAGGGUUACGAGCCGUCACCGUAUGACAGCGAGAUUCAUGCCGAAUUAGAACAUCCUGGAGCCUCGGAUGCUCCAUUACCGAGCCCACUUGCGGCCAACACACCAUUAUUUGACCUCGGACGUGUCCAAUAUACGCUUCCAGCGCCUCUCGUGUCCCUGGCAGUCUCUUCAGAUGUUCUUGCCAUGGCAUUAGCAUCAAAUACUAUAGUCCUCAUUGAGCUAUCUCAUGCAGAACAUGUCAUUACGAUCCCCAUCCUACGAAAAGCGACCGAAUUGACCAUACACAAGAUCUUUCUCGACCCAUCAGGCCGCCAUCUCGUCAUUACCUCCACUCAAGGCGAAAAUUGGUAUUUAUACCGUGGCUGGAAGAAGCCUAGGCAACUCAAAUCAUUCAAGAUGGUAAUCGAGAGCGUUGCAUGGAAUAAGGCUGCAUUAUUGGCAUCCACCCACUCCAUGUCAACAAGAGAAUUCUUGGUCGGCACGCGGAAUGGUAGUAUAUUCGAAGCUGUGCUAGAUGCUGGCGAGGAUUUCUUCAAGUCACAGGAACGGUACCUGCAACUUCUGUUUACCCUCCCUGAAAAGUAUCCAGUCACUGGGAUCAAGUUUGACCUAUUUCCCCCUUCUGACCUGCGGAAUGCCCUGAUCAUCGUUACGACUCCUUCACGAAUCUAUCAAUUCGCCGGCUCACCAGAUCGGCGGUCUGAAGAGGGUGGUCGUGUUUUCUCUUCCUUGUUCGCCGCAUAUCGGGAAACUACGCCAAAAAUAUCCGAACUACCUGGAAACCUACAGUAUUCUGAACUUCAUUUCUACACCCCUAAUUCAGACCAAGCACUAUCGCUUCCGAAGAAUCUUGCUUGGAUGACCGCUCCUGGUAUCUAUCACGGGACGCUUAAUUUCGACCCAAAUUCUGACGACCACAUUGAUUCAACACAACUCCAUCCAUACCCUUCUUUCAACUCACCUGGCACAUCCCCUGAUACCUCUCACUCGUCCCCAGAAGUCCCUAUCUCUAUCUCCCUGACGGAGUUUCACUUCAUCUUGCUGUACAGGGACCGCAUUAUUGGUAUCUCCACCUUGAAUGGAAAGCAGACAUAUGAGGAUGUCAUACCGUUGAGACCGAAUGAAGUUGUGCGAGGACUUGCUGCUGACCCAGUUCGUAAAACAUACUGGGCCUACACGGAUCAAUCCAUUUUCGAGCUUGUUGUCGGCAAUGAGAAUCGGGACGUCUGGCAGAUAUAUCUGGCUCAGCAAAAGUUUGACAUCGCACUUCGGUAUGCAAAGACGGCGGGCCAGCGAGAUAGCAUCUUGUCUGCUCAAGCGCGUGCAUUCUUUGACGAGGGUCGUUAUUUCCAGGCUGCACAGUGCUAUUCUCAGUGUUCUGCGCCAUUCGAGGAAGUUGCAUUAAAGUUCUUGGACGCUGGCGAACGAGAUGCACUGCGCUCAUACUUGAUUUCAAGACUCGAGCGGACACGGAAGUCGGACUUGACUCAACGGAUGAUGUUGGCAACAUGGCUCGUCGAAUUCUAUCUGAGCAGAUGUAACGAACUGGACAAUCUGUGCGCUGCUGAAUCGGUGACAAGCGAUGUUGAAAAUCUACAAACUCAGCGUGCGAUACUCGAAGACGAUCUACGGCAAUUCUUUGAUACAUAUAAGAGCAAUCUAGACAAGAAUGUUGUCUAUGAGUUGAUCCAAGGUCAUGGUCGGACUGACAUGUUCCUACACUAUGCUACGGCGGUCGGUGAUUCCGAACGCGUUAUUGCACACUGGAUAUUAGAAGAACAGUGGACCAAAGCCAUUGAUGUACUCAACCGCCAGACGAACCCCGAGUUAUACUACCGCUUCGGUACUGUGCUGACCAGACAAGCACCCAAGGAGAUGAUUGAAUCCUGGUUAAAACAACCGUCUUUGGAUCCCUUGCGCCUCAUUCCUUCCUUGCUCCAGCUGCAACAUCUCCCUCGCGACCCGCUGUCUCCCGACCACGCUGUGCGGUACCUCAGUUACGUGGUAUUUGAGCAGGGCAACAAGUCACCGAUGAUUCAUAACCUUCUUGUGACAUUCCUUGCGACUCGAUUGCCUCGUUCUUCAGAAGAGGAUGGUCCGUUACUAAAUUUCUUGACCUCUGCGCCCUCGGAUCCAAUGACAGGCAAACCGUACUAUGACCUCGACUACGCUCUUCGAGUGUGCAAAAGAACAGGACGCAUCCCAUCAUGUGUUCACAUUUAUUCGCAAAUGGGUCUUUGGGAAAAUAGCGUGGACUUGGCAUUGGAGAAGGGUGACUUGGAGCUCGCGAAGGAAAAUGCCAACAAACCGGAGGACGACGCAGCCAUUGCGCGAUACGUGGUGCAGGAUAAACAGGACAUUAAAACAGCAAUGCAAUUCCUGGAGAACACGAAUAUACUCAAGAUUGAGGAUAUUUUGCCCUUCUUCCCUGACUUUGUCGUUAUUGACGACUUCAAGGAGGAAAUCGCGCAUGCUUUGGAAGGUUAUUCAGCUCACAUCGAUGACUUGAAACGAGAGAUGGACGAUGCGACUCGUACUGCGGAGUCUAUUAAGCAAGACAUCGCUGAGUUGAAGAAUCGUUUCGUGACUAUCGAUGCGGGGGAAAGGUGCUCCGUUUGUUCGCAGCCUUUGUUGACGAGGCAGUUCUACGUCUUUCCCUGCCAGCACACCUUCCAUGCAGAUUGUCUGAUCGGAUUGGCAAAAGAAUAUCUUCCUACGCAUGCGCUCCGGCGGAUCAUUACUCUGCAGACCGAGCUGGUGAAGGGAGGUCAAAAAAUCAAUCUCGAUAACGCAGUCUCUGUCACACCAAACGGGCAUUCGCGCCAGGCAACCCAACAGCGCACACUCCUAUCUGCUAGCUUUGGAAGCCCUCUACAGAAUGGUACCAAGGCCGCGAAUCUCCUCGGACGAAAUAUACUUUCUGCUGGAGACCGCCUGAGAGACCUUAUCGUUCCAGAUGCGCUGGCCUCGGUUGUGUCCGCACCGGGAUGGAUACCGGGUGUAGGUGGGGGAAGAAAGGUUGGGGUGGAUAAAGACUUUGAGAAGAAGGCAGAGAAGUUACGGGCCGAGCUGGACGACGUUCUCGCGAGCAGUUGUCCGCUAUGCGAAAGUGUGGUUGCAGGGUUGGACAAGCCAUUCGUGAAAUCAGAUGAAUUGGACACGACCUGGGCGCUGUAG